AUGCAUUCUGUUCAUCCUCCCGUGUUAGUCGUUGGUGCUGGGCCAGUGGGUCUGGUAGCAGCGUUGACGCUUCUCCAAAACGAUAUCUCAGUUCGAAUCAUCGAUAAAGAUCCUCACCCUCGCAUCGGACAGCGUGGUUCCGGAAUAUGGCCACGCUCCCUCGAACUCUACAACUUCUUGGACGUUUCAGAAGUUAAUAGUCUGGGGAAAGCAGCCCCUCUCCUCCGUUCAUACAAGCCCGGGACGUUGGAACCUGUGAAAGACUCAUCGAUGGUCCCGCAUGUGGAAAUUACCCCAGCAAUACCAUUCCAUGCUCCCAGAAUGAUGGGUCAACAACUUUUAGAUGUGAUUCUGCGACGCCACCUAGAGAAGUUCUCUUGUUCUGUUGAGAUGGGCACCGAAUUGCUCUCAUUCGAACAGUCCGAUGAGGGCGUCACUGCUAUUCUAGCAAAGAACGGCAUAUCAGAGACCUUUAAUACCAAGUGGAUCAUUGGCGCUGAUGGUGCUAAAGGCAUCGUCCGCAAGCAACUUGGGCUCACAUUUUUGGGUGAGACUAGAGACGAUACCCGGAUUGUAACUGGAGAUAUCCGUUUGACGGGCGUUGGGCUCGAUAGAGUGCACUGGCACCGAUUUGGAAACUUUCUUGAGCGAGGUGUCUCACUGCGUCCAACAGACGAGAUUGCCGAGGACGGCUGGCAAUUUUCCCUUUUCGGCCGUGAAUUCGAUCUAACGAAGAUCGCUCAGAGCGAAGAGCUUAUCUUCGAGGCCAUUGCGUCGCUAAUUCCAACUAAGAUCACAUUCAACAAGAUGGUUUGGAUGAGCGACUACCGGGCCAAUAUUCGGAUGGUGAAUAAGUUUGGCGAGGGUCGAGUGUUCGUUGCGGGCGAUGCUGCUCAUAUCCACUCCCCAACGGGUGGUCAGGGACUCAAUUCAGGUGUACAAGAUGCAUUUAAUCUAGGAUGGAAGCUUGCACUCGUCCAGAAAGGGUUCGCCGACAAAUAUCUUCUCGAGACAUACAGCGCCGAGCGUCUGCCUGUGAUCUCAGAGAUGCUUGAGGUGACCACCUCGAUUCUCGACAGCGCAUUGACGUCCGGAGACAUAUCGGUUAGGCGAAGUCCCAUCCUUUAUAUGCUCGGCAUCAACUGCCGAUUCAGUACCAUCGUACUCGAUGAAUUUGUGGCUUCAGUGAAGCCUAUCAAUGCAUACGGAGUGCUUGACGAGAAAAAUCUGGAGGCUGGGGAUAGGGCGCCUGAUGCGCCCAAUAUGGUCCAGGUGGGGCGGGCAGAGCCUGAUGCGACGACACUUUUUUGUUUGUACAGACCCUGGUACCACACAAUGCUUGUAUUUGCGCCGAGUCUUGCUGAUGCAACCCCGAUCUUGGGUGCACUGGAGACAUACGACAAAAGUAUCGUACGAUCGGCGGUCGUUCUGCCAUCAUCCGCAUCAGUGAUGCCUGUCGUAUCUCCUGACCUCGUUCUUGUUGAUCGAGAGGGCCAUGCUUAUUCGGCUUAUCUCGUGGAAGCUGGCCAGACAAAGGUGUUUGUGAUACGGCCGGAUGGAGUGAUUGGGGCGAUAGUUCAUGGUGCAGGAGGCGUGAAGAAGUAUUUUUCAAAGAUAUUACUUUGA